UUUGAUGAAGCACUAUCAAAUGUAUUCCAGACUGGGAAAUGGCAGCAUUCAUCCACCAGUUCAAUUAGAAAACUAAUUUAUCCAAAUAGAGGUAAUAAAAGAAUAGAAGUCUUAUGAAAAUGCUUGGAUCAGAACGUGGUGUGGUAGAGGAAUGGCUAUCAGAAUUCAAGGCAUUACCUGAAAUGCAGAUUUCCAAUUAUGCAGCAACGCUUCAUCGGAAGAAAAUAUUAGUGCCAGCUCUUUAUAAAGUUAUUCAAGAUCCAAAUAAUGAGUUUCUGGAACCUGUCUGCCACCAACUCUUUGAACUUUACCGUAGUUCUGAGGUUCGUCUCAAAAGGUUCACCUUACAGUUCUUGCCAGAACUCAUCUGGGUUUAUUUGCGUCUUACUGUCAGCAAAGAUAGGCAGAGCAAUGGUUGCAUCGAAGCCCUACUUCUAGGAAUUUACAACUUGGAAAUUGCUGACAAAGAUGGGAAUAAUAAAAUUUUAUCUUUUACUAUCCCUUCCUUAUCAAAACCUUCAAUUUACCAUGAGCCCUCUACAAUUGGAUCCAUGGCUUUGACUGAAGGAGCCCUGUGUCAGCAUGACCUCAUCAGAGUCGUUUAUAGUGACCUUCAUCCCCAAAGAGAAACAUUCACUGCACAAAACAGGUUUGAAGUGCUGAGCUUUCUUAUGCUGUGCUAUAAUUCUGCUAUUGUCUAUAUGCCUGCCUCUUCCUAUCAGUCGCUUUGCAAGAUGGGUUCUAGGCUCUGUGUGAGUGGAUUUCCACGACAAAAUGAAAAAUGCUGGAAGGAAGAUGGCUGCAGAGUGGUACUGGAUCCUGACUUCAUGGUUCAGUUACUCACUGGAAUCUAUUAUGCUGUCUACAAUGGACAAUGGGAACUUGGUCAGGAAACGCUAGAUGAUAUAAUAUAUCGAGCUCAGCUUGAACUCUAUUCUCAGCCACUGCUGGUUGCAAAUGCAAUGAAGAAUUCAUUACCUUUUGAUGCUCCUGAUGCAUCACAAGGAGGACAGAAGGUUUUGAAAGUAGAGGUUACUCCAACAGUGCCAAGAAUUUCUCGGACAGCUAUUACAACAGCUUCAAUCCGCCGACAUCGCUGGCGAAGAGAAGAUGGCUUUGACUUCUCAAAUGAUGCUGACAUGAGCAUUCCCGGAUCUCCGAUCCUGCACGGCUCCACAGACCUAGGGAUCAAACGCAAGCAAGAGUGGGACGUACUGAUGCUCAGGACCCCUGAGCAUGGCUCACCGGAGCCCAACUUGACACCAGCCACAAAAGAGGAUGGUGACGGAGUCAGUGGAAGAGAAGAGUCUGUGAACUUCAAUGAUGCUGACGAAGGGUUUUCCUCUGGGGCAUCACUUAGCAGCCAGCCACAUGGGACCAAACCUUCAUCCACAUCUCAGAGAGCCAGUUUAAGAAAAGGAGUUGCUGGGCUUUUGGCCAAGGAUAAGGAGAUCAUCUUGGCUACCAAAUCCACAGACAGCCCUCGAGAAUCUGCCCAUAAGCAGUACCUACACCAGUCAGUUGACCUCAGUACAGAUGCAAUUGAAAUUACUCCCACAAAGAAACAUUUGAGUUUGCCUCCUGGGCAGGUGGUACCAAAAGCCAGCAGUGUAAGCCUGAUACGAACUGCAAGUGCUUCUUCCAGUAAAUCGUUUGACUAUGUGAAUGGUAGUCAGAUGGGUUCCAAUGUUGGUAUUGGCGGUGAUGGUGUUACUAACUUAGCAGCUGGCAACUCCAAUCGUUUUUCAACCAUUAGUCUACAAGAGGACCGGUUAAAUCAAGCUGGAAAUGGUAAAGAUGUCCACUCACCAGGAGCUCCUCUGACUAAGCAGUCCCGAUCCCCAAGUUUCAAUAUGCAACUAAUAUCUCAAGUUUAACUUGUUUAUACCUUCCUAUAUUUUUUCCAUUUGUCCAAUUCUUUUUUGAGCAACAUCCACAAUCUUCAUCCUAUCAUCUGAAAAUCCUGGCUUCUGUGAUGUUGUUCAAUUCAUUUAGAUACUAUACUAUAUUUUGUACUGAAACAGCAAUAAAACCUCAUGUUUUCGCCCCCUC